AGCUGUACGUUGUGACUUGAUGUUGUUUGCAGUGGUGAGGUAGCAGGAGAGGAGAAACAGGAGUAGGAGGAGGAAGGGAUGCUUCCUCUUCAGUCUGGGCUGAGCUGCUGAUGUAUCCCAGCAGCCCUGGCCUAUAGCAACAGGAGACCUUGGUAUAAAAAGAAGCAGUGCUGAGGGAAGCCGCCAAAGUAUCUCUCAGCUGCAGCAUGACCAGGACCAAGAGCCUGAGAGUGCGGACUUAACAAAACAAUGCCCAGCCUAAUUGUCGAACCACUCGCACAGCACUUCAUCAUGGACAGAGAUGACAGGAAGAGAAACAAGAAUAUUGGAAAGAACUUCAUGUGCCGUCUCCAGUGCAUGUUCUCACACUCAUCAAGCUCUGAGAGGCUAACUUUAGAAGAUACCCAACAAUGGUCACAGUCUUUGGAAAGGCUUCUAGACUCUAAAUAUGGAUUAGCGGCAUUUCGCAACUUUCUGAAAUCUGAAUACAGCGAUGAGAAUAUUGAGUUUUGGCUUGUCUGUGAGGACUACAAAAAGAUCAAGUCUUCAUUCCGAAUGUCAUCAAAGGCCAAGAAGAUUUAUGAACAGUUCAUCAAAGCCGAAUCUCCAAAAGAGAUCAACAUUGACUACCACACUCGAGAGCAAAUCAAAAGAAACGUCAAGACCCCCACCGUCUAUUGCUUUGACGACGCACAGAAGAUCGUUUAUGGGCUGAUGGAAAGAGACUCGUACCCACGGUUUCUACGAUCGGACAUUUACAGAACUCUCCUAGAAAACCUUUCUGCCGAUUCUACAAAGGGAUGAAAGCAAGAGGAUGCCAUCGGAGAUAAAACUGGAAUGUUUCAGCCGAUUCAGCAGGGAGGACUAAUAAAGAGGGUCAACAAGCACGCCUCAUAGACAGAAUCAGAAGUCUUGGAGUCGUCAUGUAAACUCUACCAUGGUCCUGUCACGGAAGGAUCCCCACAAUGAGCACUGUGCACCUGUUGACUGUGUAAGGAGACGACAAUCCAGUCCCAGUGACAAUGACAAUGUAGUAUUUCAUUUCACUGGAUCAUAUUUGCCAAAGAAGGAAGCCUUGGGUGACUGACACCUGCUCCGAUCAGUGUGCGAAGAUUCCACACACAACACACUGGAGUUGGUGCACAGGAUGCAACACCAAAACGGUCCUCACAAUAAAAAUGACAGCAUUGGCAACUCAUCUCAUGUGGAAAACAUGAGGAUAGGUAAGUGCACGAUGCAAAUUCACCAACAACUUUGAAAGACCCUGCUCAUAAAUUCCCAUUAAUCACCGUGAUUGUUUUGUUGCUGCAUGAAAUGAGCUUCAUUCAUGCAGUUUGCCAGACCUCACGAAGCAUGCAACUUCAUCGAUACAAUCAAGGCUGCUGUUGUGUGUUCUGUGAAACGUCUUCUUCGGAAAGUACAAGGCUGUAGAAUGGGAGACGUGUGGGUCACCAUCAUAAAUACUCAUAUUCAAUGUGUGACAUGUCAUCAUUUUCAGGUCAGGCCUUUUUCAUCACGGUUUUGUCAAUGUCUGCAUCCAGUUCAUUUUGCACAUAAUGACAACAUUUAAGACAAAGUAUGCUACUGUUAUAUUUCAUUAUUUAUGACCACAGUUUUGCUGAGUGGAAACUGAAUGAACCACAGCAACAGUGAACUUUCAUAUAUGCUGACUGGCCAUGACGGAAGUCUAUGGCGACUUUUUGCAGCGCUGAAAUGACAACAUUUUUGAUGUAAGAAAUCAUUCGAGUGGAAAUAUUUAUGACAUUACAGGAAAAAGCAACCGACAUUGCAUGAUAACACUGUUAAAACUCUUUGUAUACACAUAUUGAGGCAUGCUGUUGAAAUAAGAUCUGAAGAUGUACAUUCGUAAGGUAAAACUAAAAGUUAAGCACUGUACUGUUUAUUUUAUUUCGCACAAUAACAUAACUUGUUGCCGUAGUACUUGUUAAAAUGUUAAUCAAUGAUUAUUUAUUUUUCACUUUCGGCUUUUCCCUGUCAGGGGUCACCACAGUUCAACCGCAUGAAUGGUUUUGGCUUGGUUUUCACACCUGAUGCCCUUCCUUACACAAUUCUGGCCAGGAGUCAAACCUGGCAGAAGUGUGUACCUUACAAAGAUAUGAACAGUGCAAAAUGUUCCUGGUAUGUUUAUUCUAACUGAAAGAGACUGUAAAAAAAUCCAGUCAUAUAAUAUUAAAUUAGAUUUAUAAAUGAACUUGUAAAAACUUCAUUUCAAUCACAAAAGAGGGCAUUUCAAGAUAUUUAUUUCAUGUGUACAAAGCUUUGUUUGUAAUGGAGUCAAUUGUUUAUUUAUUUACAUUUGAAGUUAUUUUAUAUAUAUUUAGUUUCCAAAUGUUUAAAAGAAGAUCACUACAGAUGAGCACUGUUUUGGACAGUAAUAAAUCACAUACUGAUGCCACAGCACUGUGUUUUACGUCUUUUUUCAAACAAAAACACUUUUCUCUGGAGGGCCGUUGCUUCCAAAGAGCUGUUCGAAAGACUGGCUUGUUGUUAUACUUGUUGAUACACUUCAGGAUGAACCGAAAAUGCACUACUGUAUAACAUUGCGACUGACUGGCGACCAGUCCAGGGUGUACCCUGCCUCGCAGAAGUCAGCUGGGAUAGGCUCCAGCAGACCCUAGUGAGGAUGAGCGGCAUAGAAGAUGGAUGGAUGUACAACCUUGACAGGUGAACUGAAUUUGAGCUUCUCUAAUUGUGAAUGCACAUGUCCAACAUGUUCAAUACUUAACUCACUUCACGCACAGCUUUUUGGUCUCUACUCACCAGUUGUGCAUAGCCCUAACAGUUUGUGAGCAGUAUAUUUAUUUAUUUUUAUCAGUCAAUCGGGGUUAACCUGUUGGGAUCAAGGAAACAAUCACUGGUUGCAUCAGAACUCUAUUGGUUGUCAAUUAUUCUGAAAUAUUUAUUGCAAUUUCACUUGGCUCGUGCUUUCAUUGUUAACAUUCCAUAAGGUGGUGCCAUAUCCCCGUGCUUCGACAGUGGGAUCACUAUUCAGAACUAUGCAGGCUGCAGAAAAUGUCCAUGCAAAGCAACUUUACUGUAACAUUUUCCACACAAGAACAUUUUAACAAUACAGAAAAAAAUAUAAAAAGAAUAAAUAAGAAUAAAAUGUAUGCGCAGUCCUCCCUCACCACUUGGCGGUUCAUACAUUGAGCCCUCACUCUAUUGUGGUUUUUCAAAACUGUAUUCAUUAAUAAAUGACUACCAUUCCGUGGUUGACGAUGGCCUGUUAUUAGUACAAAAAAAAAAAAUUACAUAUUCUUGGCCUAAAUUAAGCAUUUUAAAACCAUAAAUUGACUAAAUGAUCAAAUACAAAUACAGUUUAAGGGAUUAAAGGACGUUGAUGAACUGUAGUCUACACUAGCCCCAGACUUCAUCACUGUCAGCAACAAUUGAUGCAGGUUUAAAUGAACAGGCACAAUAAUGAUAAUAAUCAUCACCAUCAUAAUAACACAGGGUACGAUUGUGGUCAUACGUCAGCUAAGACUCAGCUCUGAAUUUCCGACAUGACUUCCUGGCCACACGUCCGGAAGACAUUUUUUUAAACACACACAAGCACACACGUCUCAAAUGGCUUAUUUUCUCUUAUUAUAUCUACUAUAUUCGCUAAUAUAAGUGUAAAGAUGACUAUAGGGGUGUUAUUGUAUGUCUGGAAGGCUCUAAUAAUAUUUAAAAAACAUAUGUAGAAGGUCGUAAACAUGUAUUCUAUGCUCUAACUACAAUAAUAUUUCAAUUAUAAAUAAGGAAUCAUAUUUCACUGUAUAUAUACAGUAUAUAUACGUAAAAAUAAGGAUGGUAAAAAUGUUACUAUUACUAUUACACAACUUGGUGUGUACACCUGAAGAGCAGCUCAGCUCCUUGACUCAAAUCCACUUUAGAACAAGGAUCAUGAAAAGUGCAUCCAAAUCAAAGACCCUAGAUUAUCAAGACUGCCCAUUUAUCCGAAAAUGCAUGUAACAUGUUGGUAAACAAACGACCUGGCUGGAGCUAGGGGGUAUACGGCGAAAGCGGCUCCACAAACCCAAGCUUUGUGCUCGAGAUGCAACUCGACAAAACCUAACAUCCCCAAUCAGACUUAAUUGGUCCCGCUUGUUUUCGGCUUUGUGCUAAGUGCACGUUCACAUGGAAAAAGGGCGUUUGACGUCAUGGUGAAGGAUCCCAGCCAGUAUAUAUUUUACAAAAAAGUGUAUGUAAUUAUUAUGGAGCGUUAUGAGGAGUUUGCAAAAGAUUAUGACUGCUAAAAGCAACACGGUCGCCGCCAAUACAGUGAGGGAGGACUGCUGGCACGCCAGCAUGCAGGUUGCAUGCAAGUUAACACUGAUUAUUAUAAAAACUAUACCCUACUAGUCUUUUCAUUUAUCAACACUCAACAUUGCACAACUUUGACAUAUUAACACUUAUCCAUUUACAAAAUAAACACAUUGGAGCAACAACUUUCGUUUUUUAUGACCUAAAUUCAUGAAAUAUUUUAAUCUGCAUAUCUCUUUGUGACCACUCGAUGGGAGUGUUUUGCGUGUGACGUGUUUUGUGGCAACUUUUAGUGUUUUCAUGCAGUUGAUUGAUGCCUCAGAGUAUUUAUUGCUCCAGAAAAUAUUGUAAUAUAAGAAGACUAACAGGCUCAGUACUCACGCAAGGACUCCUAUGACAUUUACAUCUGAUAACAGUAAUUAUUAAUAUUUCACAUUGCAUUUUAUUUCUGGUGCUCGCGUUAGCAUUUCUACCGUAUUCCCUCUGCUGAAAAUGUAUCUCGCUUAUAGAUGGAUAAUAUCAUCAGGGAAUUCUCUUUUUUGAAUUUUUUUUUUCCCAUGUCCCCCCGUGAACCUCAUAGGUUCUAAAUAAAUGGUGACGCCAUCUCCGAAUUAGUUAAACAGUAAAACUGUGGCACUUUCACAGCUGAUUUUAGGCUGAAAGCCUGGACAGGCUAUGAGCUUACCUAGUUACCAUGGCGAUACAGCUGCGUUAAAAGAGAGCCACCUUCGCUGAACACGCAAGUCCGGCUUUCCACUCAACACAGCUCGGUAACCCACUACACUUGCUUCGCAGAAUACCCCCCUCGGCUCACAACAGUGUAAAUUUGCUGGCUUUGAGCUGAAUAUAAAAUAAAAUUAUGAGAAGUGCACACAUUUUGAUUAACUGAAUGAAUGCUAUUUAUUGAACAGAAUCAAUAUAUAUCAGUAUUUAUAAAUUAAAUCUAAAUAUUGAUAUAUAUUAUAUAAAUAUAAAUAAAUUAUACUGCACAAAUGUGACCUACAUGUAGAUGUCAAGAAAAACCUGAGCAACAAUAUGAACAAUUUCCCUUUUUUUAUCUUUUUUCUUUUACUUUUUCCUUUCUUACUUACCCAAAUGACCUUGGUUGAGAAGUGUGGUCCACCCUGGAACGGUCGCCGGUCAAUCACAGGACGCUUGUAUGCACGCAACCAUCACACUCACAAUCACACUUAUGUGUACCAGGGUUACUAUGGUUAUUGUGAUUCCACUUGUUCUAAUAAUGGUUGAUGUGAUUGCUCGACAGCGCCCUCUCUCACUCAUGGGCUCAUAUGGCAGGGUGUCCUCACAACUUCUGCUCAUCAGCCCUGUGAGGUGAGUGGAGGGGCGCUGCUCUAUGCAAUUGUAUGGUUAGCGACCAUGCUCAUGUAACUCAUUGUCAUUGUAGUGUGUAACACAAGCUUCACGGUAUUUGACCAGUGCACGUUGUCUCUGACCAGGUAUGUGUUUAUUAUUGUGGUUGUGUAUUACAUGUUGUUAAUAUGAUACUUCAU